UUUACAGUCAUGUCUUACAACAUCCUUUCCCAGCAUUUGUUGAAGGACAAUGCACAAUCGUACAUACACUGCAGACGUCCAAUAUUACACUGGGGUUAUAGAUUCCCCAACAUCGUGCAGGAACUAACACAACAUGAUGCAAAUAUUUUGUGUCUGCAAGAAGUGUAAAAGGAUCACUACGAAACCCCAAUCAAACCGUCUCUUUCCUCUGUAGGUUACCAUUGUGAAUACAAGAUGUGGGCAGGUAGAAAACUUGAUGGCUAUGCCAUAGGGUUCAAACAAUUUAAAUUUUCCCUUGUAUCAAGUCACCCAGUCGAGUUUUUCCAUCAUGGCAUCCCACUAUUAGAUGGAGAUAAUGUGGGAUUGGUUCUGUUGCUGAAACCUGCAGCUACACAGAGCUCUGACCUCAGCAUCUGUGUGGCCAACACACAUCUGCUGUACAACCCCAGACAAGGAGACAUCAAGCUGACCCAGCUGGCAAUACUGCUGGCAGAGAUCGGACAAGUCUCAAGUGUAUAG